AUGACUGCUCAGGCGAGCCACACGGACAUGCAACGUGCAUCAUCCGCAGUCAACUUCCGUUAUACGCACUUCGCUAUGCUUUGCAUUGACCACAAUGGGGACCUUCGCAUAGAAGCGUCGCCGUCCAUUGCAGGAUGCGAAAAGGCAAUUUUUACAAACGACGUGCAGGACCGAUUUCUGAAGUCGGUGACUACAGCAUGGCAGCCCAGCCUGCAGAGUCUCCAUUCCAACACCUUGAGUCACAUGAGCGGCGAUGUCACGGGGAAGCCAAUGCUUCUGUCCAGUCCUUCAAUCGGCCUACAGCACACAUGGUAUCAACCAAGCCUCCCACGACAGACCGGCCUCAUUCCCUGUGAAUGGCAGUCCUUGCAAAACAAGCGUCACAGACGUAGCUUGAGGCAUGAACUCUCGGGCAUCGGACUUGAUUUGGAUUCCGCUUCACCCACACCGUCGCUAAGGCGCACAGCACUUCGACUAGGGCAAACAGAUCUUGUGCGAAGAUACUAUGAGAAGGCGUUCGAAGCUUUUCAACAGCUAAACUGCAGGGUUAUCGCCAAAGCAUUUGUGAAAUUGGUGGAACCGCGCAAGCAGGUCAACCACCCAUACAAUGGACGACGGGCUGCCGGAGGAUCAUCACAGAAGAUGGAUUCUGAAUUGACUAAGCCGAAAUGGUGGCCUACAGGGGUGACACACAAAGAGCCCGACCAUCUUCAAAAGGCCGAGAGAAUCAGGCUGCUUGUUCAUAUCCUGUGUGAACUGAAGGAGAGUCGAGGAAUCACCGCUGAGAAGCUCAAGGAUGCUGGACAAGACGUGCGGCGCCAGAUUCAGCCCGAGAGCCGCCUACAAGUUCUUGAUGAGAUAUACUACGUUCGUUAUAUGGAAGAAUUGUACAUGGAGGGCAAAAUUAGCGGGGACACAAUGAUCUACGUUUCUCAUGUCCAUCUGGAUGAGGACUUCUUGUUCGCUGAAUUACGGGACCAGACAACUAACAACUCUCGUGAACUGUCACUCCCGAUUAUGAACAACAAGCCAGAUGCGCCCAAAGCGACGGAGGGAAGCAAGAGUCCUGGGGACCAGAGUGAAGUGCAAGCCGCCACGGACAAAUCGCACACUGACAUGCCUGUACUCUCCGACGAGCGGCGCCUGCCACCAAUGGAGGUGAAUCACCAAACAAAACGCUCCGCCAAUCAGGACUACUGCUACCCUCCUUCGCCGGUAUCCAGCCCCUCCAUCAGUCGGAAGAGCUCCUUGGAAAGCGGCUUGUCUACAUACUCAACAGACAUGGCUGCACCGAUGCUGUCAGGGAGUGAACCCAGCGGGGGGUCCUGUGCUUCUAGGGAUAUCCAUCCCACCGAGGCUUCAUGCAUGCCGGAUUAUUUUGGUAGCCAGCAAAUGGCCACUUCAUCUGCUGAACAAAGUCACCAGCCUGGAUUUUGGAGCCUCCCACCGGCCCAUACGGCACUACCAUAUAACGGAUACUGAUGUGGCAGGUCACUGAAAGACGCACGGCGGGGACCCUAUCCAAAU